AUGGCAACUCUAGCCUUUAGUGUUGGCGCAUCCCUGCCUAAUAUCAAUCUGUUUGGUUUAUACAAAGGAAUACGUUCACCAUUAUAUGGACAAGUUGUUAUCAACGCAGUCGUCUUCGGUGUACAUGGCAACUUAAUGAGGCAAUUUGAUGCACAUGACAUGAAAGCGCAAUUCAUAGCUGGCGCUGCAGCUGGAGGUGUCCAAAGCAUUGUAUGUUCACCAAUGGAGUUGAUCAAAAUACGCUUGCAAAUGCAAGGUGAAGGUAAAUCAAGUGCUUUUCAACAGGCUUUAAGUUAUCAUUCCAAAUUCGAGUAUGCAACACCCACAGAUUGCAUUCGAAAGAUAUACAAAUAUGAAAACGGGUUUAGAGGUGUAUUCAAAGGCAUGUAUCUUACCUUAUGGAGAGAGGUACCAUCGUUUGGUUUUUAUUUCGCUUCCUAUUACUAUUUAUGCGACAGGCUCGGUGCAAUUUAUAAUGGAGAUAUAAAAAUCAUGCGAUUACUUUUCUGCGGAGGUGUAGCUGGUAUAAUAUCGUGGGUGAGUACGUAUCCUUUUGACGUCAUCAAGACACGUGUCCAGUCAGAUCAUAAAGGGAUGUAUAAAGGAAGUAUUGACUGUGCAAAAAGGAGUUAUCAGCAGGAAGGAUUUACUGUGUUUUUUCGUGGCAUGAAUGCCACCUUAAUUCGUGCGUUUCCAGGAAGUGCUGCCACCUUAGCAACGGUUUCUAUAUUUUUAAAUUUUGUAAAUUCUGCUACGAACAAUAUCAGACAAGGGGACAGCGCUGUAACUUAGAAUGAAAGACUUUAUGAAUAAACAAUAUGUUAUUUCACUAUUUGUGGAAACUUUGUGGAACAUUGUGGAAACUCUAAUACUUAGUUACUCAACGUUUUGGUGACUCGAACUUUGUACUCAAUUCCUUGCCUCUUAUGACGCUCUAAGGUA